CGCGGAGUCCCGCCCCACCGCCGCUCCUGCUCUGAGGAGCCUCCCUUCGCCUUCGCUUUCGCCUUCUCCUCCGUCUCCGUCUCGUGAGAGCGGAGUAAACCGCGGGAGGCGGCCGAGAAGCUGAAAGGAAGAGCCACGGCAGGGGCGCCUUCUGACGUGCUAACGCCCUGCUCGCUUUCCCCCUUGUGACGACUCCAUUAGUAGCUUCGUUCCGUCGACUCGAAAUUCCUCCUUUUCCUCCCAGCAGGUCACUCGUGAAGAAUGUGUGGGCGCACAGCUGUUAUUCUGGGAGCAGAUCGUCUUCGCCGGGCCUGUGCAUACCUUGAUAAUCAGGGGAGAGAAAGGCAUCCUGAAUGGAAAAAUGCUGACAAAUAUAGUCCAUCUUACAAUAAGAGCCCACAAUCUUAUAGCCCUGUGCUUCUCUCCCUACAGCACUUUGAGAAGGAUGCCGAGUCCUCUGAGCGUGUCCUUGUGGCUAUGCGCUGGGGACUGGUUCCAGCUUGGUUUAAGGAAAGUGACCCAUCUAAAAUGCAGUAUAAAACUUCCAAUUGUCGGAGUGAUACCUUGAUGGAGAAAGUCUCCUAUAAGAAGCCCCUUGAAAAAGGCAAGCGCUGUGUGGUACUGGCUGAUGGCUACUAUGAAUGGCAACAACAUAAUGGACAGAAACAACCUUAUUUCAUUUACUUCCCCCAGAAUGAGAAAAAAUUGUUCAACAAACCAGCUGCGGAGGAAGAGGAAGAACAUUCAAAGGGCAGGAGGCUACUUACCAUGGCUGGUAUUUUUGAUUGCUGGGAGCCCCUUGAUGGAGGAGAAGCAUUAUACAGCUACACUAUCAUCACAGUAUAUGCUUCUAAAGUUGUAAGCUUCAUCCAUCAAAGGAUGCCAGCUAUCCUGGAUGGGGAUGAAGCUGUUAGAAAAUGGCUAGACUUUGGAGAAGUCCCUACACAAGAAGCACUUAAGCUUAUCCACUCCUCAGAAAACCUUGCCUUUCAUCCAGUAUCAACUAUAGUGAACAAUUCCCGAAACAAUACACCAGAAUGUAUUGUACCCAUUCAACUGGACCUUAAAAAGGAUGCCAAAGCUAGUGCAAGCAGCAAAAUGAUGUUGAACUGGCUGAAAAACGAAUCUCCCAAGAAGGAGUACGAUGAUGAUGGUUUACCAAGAUGGUCCAGCCAGUUCAUCAAAGCAGAAACACCUAAGAAAACCAGUACAAGCUUAAUGUACCAGUGGCUUAAGCAGGAAGAUGGGGAACCUUCUGCAAAGCAACCCAGAAAUCAGUGACUUCUUGGACUUCUCAUCUUAUUUGCAAACAUGCCCAGUGAAUUUGUCUUUAGACACAUGCAUGUUUAACUGGAGCUUUCACUAAUUUGUAAAUUAGUAAAAUUUGUGGUAUGGAAUUUCAAGUGUUCUGACAGUACACUGAUGCCAAGCAGAUAGGCCUUGACAACAUUUCUAUGUUGUUGCUAGUACAAACUGAAAUAUGGAUUCUGUAUGCAGCACUGACUUUUCCUUGCCAACCCAGAGACUACAUCCGCUCCAAAUACAUAAGAUAUGGAAGACUUAAACAUCAAUAUAUUUUUCCUAGGAGAGAAAAAAGGAUUCUUUUUUGUGUAUUUCUUGCCCCAGUGUUCAUUCAGUUUACUUUUUGGAUUGAUUCCACUAACUGUGGAGGAAACAGAUCACUGUUAAUGACCAAGAACUGCUACUAUGAAAUUAAAGUUUUGUUUGUUACCCAAGACCUGGAUGUCUCUUUCAAGGACUUUCUAAGUAUUAGCUAUAUUGGUGGGGAAGCUGCUUCAGUGGAGUUCUAUAUGCAUCUGUUAGCUAUCCAAACUUGUGGUGAGAAGAUGAGUGUUAAAACUUCAGUAUGUUAGUGUUUGUGGAAAAGGUGGACAUUCUGGUCUGCUUUGCAAACACCAGCCUUAUUAAUAGUGGUAACUAUAAGUUCUGCACAUGGCUAAAAUAGUCCUCAUUUUAAAUGAGAAAUUGGAUAUUUUGAUAAUGAGAAAUGAAAUCUUUCUUUUGGGUUGUUCAUUUGUAACUAGUAUUAGUCUUUCUGUAUCUGGUGAGAACUAAACUAUAUCACAAGUCUACUUUUGAAGGUUUUUUGUCAAAUGAAAAUCUCAAAGAGAAUGACAGAUGUUAAGAAUUCUUGAAAGAAGACCAUUCUUUUCAACAGGAUAAAAAUAUUCUGGGACUCUACUUUGUUGAAGAAUACUGUCCUACUAAAAAGUGAUCUAUCAGAAUUGAUAAAGCAAAUGUAUUGUUUUUAGUUUUUUAAUAAAGCUUUAACAAAGGA